AUGUCCUCAUCCUCCUCCUCCCCCCUCCUGGGAAUGGCCGGCUGGUUCUUCCUCCCGUCCAUGGCUACAAACGCCCUCCAAUCCGUCUACUACCGCCUCAUAACCCCCGCCGGCUCCCCACAACCACCACCAAACUCCCCCCGCUUCAACCGCGACAAACGGAAUAUCUACGUAUUCGUGGUGUUGCUGUAUUUGGGGUAUACAGUGUAUGAGUCCGUAUUGAGUUUGAAGCCGAAUUAUUAUGCGAUGUUGGGGGUUCCGGUUGAUGUUGAUGAGAAGACGUUGAGAUCUAUCCUUCUUCACCCAGACAAGACAGGCGUGGAAGACGACCAACGCUUCAUCGCCCUCCGCACAGCCUACGAGACCCUCUCCAACCCACCCAGACGCUUCGCCUACGAACGUUUCGGUGAGCAAAUAACCGGGUGGAAAGAUGCGAUCACGAUCAAAGACUACAUCAUCCACGGCGUGCAGUCGACUGCGCCGAUGUAUAUCGUGUCGGGAUUAUUCCUGGUAGUGAUGAACGUCCUCGGAAAAGGACAAUUCGCACAAUACUGGCGCUUCCUAACAUUCUUCAUCCUCAUGGCCUACGAAGCCCUCGUAAUCACCCGCUCCAACUUCCUCCCCCCAUUCUCCUACAUCCUUCCCGGAAGACUCCCCUUUGAACACCUCAUCAUCGCCCACAAACUCUCCCUCGCAUUCUUCGUCGCACUAAACCAAAUCGGUCCCAUCGUCCGUGCCGCGACAUCCUCAUCCUCCUCCUCGGGCGACGAAUCCCUCCGCCUCAAAUCCGCAGCGGAAAAGUUGGAUGGAAUCACGAAGGUGCUGGAAGUCGAGAGUAAUAAUGUGUUGGUACAGGAUGUGCGGCCGUUUGUGGGGAGACACGAGUUGGUGGGUGAGUUGAAGAGGAAGAUGGUGCUGAAUAUGGUUGAGGCUAGAGUUGGGGGUGAGGGGGAUGUUAGGGAGGUUACGGCGAAUGCUGUGCGAAGAUUACAACAGCAACAGCCACGGGCGAACUAG